CACACACAUCAUGUAUCUGAAUUUAUUCUACACGUGUGUGUAUCUGUCUGUGUGUCUAAACGUCACACACGGCCUACGAGCGAGCCGAAGGGAUGAGAGACAGACGAGUCGAGCCGUGGCAGCAACAGCUGGAUUUAAAACACCUGGACAUGCAGCACCUAGCACUCAGUGCCUAGUGAAUGGGAUCCUUCUCUUUGAGGGAGCUCAGUGGUCUUCUGAUGCGUGUAACAUGUGCCAGUGUAGAAGUGGUGCGGUUCUGUGCCAAGGACCGUCCUGCCAGAAUACAGACACCAGACACCAGAUAGCAGCCCAAAGAGUGAAGCCGGAGAAAAUGAUCGGGCAGAAGAAAGUCGAUCCACAGUCUGGAAGGAGGAGAGCGUCGCAGGGAAAGAUCACCCAGGAGGUCAAGCCCAAGACAAAGACAGAACCGAGACGGGAUAAAGUUGUGAAUCUUCCAUCUGCACAGAAGAAGCAUCAUCCACCAUCAUCACCACCAUCAUCACCUCCACCCAGGAUAAAAUCACAAGCCCCUGAGCUGGGAAUUGCAGCACGUUUACCUCUGGCCCCUUCCCCUGACAGGCUCCCAGACCUGUUUGAUUAUGAUGACCACGAUGAUGAAGACCAGGCUGAUAGUGACCCUGAUGAGGAUGACGACGACGACCCGCAGUUUCAUAACGAUCGCACCAGGGGUUCACCCGUCAGCAGAAGCCCUGCGCCUUCCAACCGGAAACCGGCGAUACCCGUACAGCAAAGACCCCGCCCUCCUCCUACAAAAACCCCCAAAGUUUUGGCACCCAGUGGAGGUCCGGUUAGAGGAAGAGCGGGCGGAGCCAGUGUUGUGGGCCAUCCAGUGAGCCGUCCUGUGAGCCGUCCCUCCACUUAUAUGACGUCACUCCCGGCGGGAUGUCUGCUGUCUGAUGCUCUGAUUGCAUGUGGCAGCACCGGACUGACCAGCAUGCCUCUCAUCAAAGAUGCUGGCAUCCGAACACUUUACCUGGCAGAUAAUAAGAUCAGUAAGAUCCCGGUGCGAGCGCUGCACGGCCUGCCCAACCUCCAGUGGCUCGACUUGAGCAAGAACAAACUGGACGACACCUCACUGGGGUUGAAUGUGUUCCGGAAUCUGACCAAAUUGCGCCGCCUGAAUCUGGACGGGAACAAUCUGACCAAAAUCCCCCCGCUGCCGCCGUCACUGCUGGAGCUGAAGAUCAACGACAACAAACUGAGCGGACUCACACCUUACAGCCUUAAAGGUUUGUCCCAGCUGCUGACGCUGGAGCUGGAGGACAACCAUUUCCAUGAUGGGAACGUUUCCCCGCUGGCCUUCAGACCCCUCAAGAAACUCAUUUACCUCCGACUGGACGAUAACGACUUCAGAGCCAUUCCCUCUGGUCUGCCGGCGUCACUGAAGGAGCUGCAUCUGUCAGACAACAGGAUCGAAGUGGUUCAUGCUGGACUCCUGAAUAAGACAGUGAACCUGCGGAUCUUAAAUCUGAGCCAUAAUAAAAUCCGAGAGGACCGGAUCGCACCGAGAGCCUGGAUACACCUACGUAAGUUGGAGACAUUGGAUCUGUCCCAUAAUAAGCUGGUCCACGUGCCGUCCUUCCUGCCGGUCGGUCUCGCCCAGCUCGCGCUGCACCACAACCAGAUCGAGAGGAUUCCGGGGUACGUCUUCGCUCACAUGCAGCCUGGCCUCGUCUCCCUCCACCUGUCCUACAACCGCCUGAGGGAGGACGGCAUCAACGAAGUGUCCUUCCUCGGACUCAGACACUCCCUGAACGAGCUCCUGCUGGACCACAACCAGCUUCGGGAGAUUCCACGCGGGAUCAUCCAACUGCGCGGCCUACAGGUCCUCCGCCUCAACCACAACUACAUCAGCUCAAUAUCCGUCAACGCUCUGUGUGACAUCACCGCCCGUGAGGACUCCCCUCUGCUCUCCGUUCACCUGCAGAAUAACCUGAUUGACAGGCGCUCAGUCCCGCCCACCGCACUCACCUGUAUUAAAGAGUACGGCAGCGUGAUCCUGCAUCCUCAGAGACACGAACAGGUCUACGAGUGAACACACACUCACACACACACACACACACAUUCACA